AUGACGGAUUUUUAUGAAAUACUUGAAGUCAACAAAACGGCAACCGAUGAUGAAAUCAAAAAAUCAUAUCGUCGAUUAGCGUUAAAAUGGCAUCCGGAUAAGAAUCUCUCGAAUAAAACACAAGCGGAAGAAAAAUUCAAACUAAUCUCAGAAGCUUAUGAAGUUUUAUCCGAUAAGGAUAAACGUCGAAGAUAUGAUCAAUUGGGUCGCGCGGGAUUAUCAAAUGGACAUAGCAAUGGUGGAUAUUCGUCUAGUAAUGGAUAUUCAAGAUUCUCAGAAGAUUUUCUCAAUCGGACAUUUCAUUUUCACAAUCCAUUCGAUAUAUUCGAGCAAUUUAUGUCGCAUUUCGGCAUGGAUGAUGAUUUUGGCAAAUGGACACGCCAAAUCUUUCAUUUUGGCUUUGGAAUGAAUCCAUUUGCUGAUUUACACAGUCGCCAUCAUCAACAUCUUCAUCAUCAUCUUCACCAUCCGUUUGGAAAUCCUCGUUCAUCUUCGUCAUCAUCAUCACGACGAGAUCCACAUAGACAACAAAUGGCAUUGUUCGAUAGUGUCUUUGCUCCAAUGAGAAUGUCGCUAUUUGAUCAUGAUCCAUUUGGACAUCACGAUCCUUUCGGACAUCAUCAGAUCGGAUCGAUAUCGUCAUUUAAUGUGUCGUUUGGGAGUGGAAAUGCUCGGCCAAUUGCCAAGAAAACUACACGAUCAACAAAAUUCAUCAACGGUCGUCGUAUUGUGACAACACGACGAAGAAGUCAGCACAUUCGACUUGAUCAUCACAAUAAAUCGAAAUUUUAUUGUGACGUGAAAGUUUGCGAUUUAAACGAAUCUCAAAGAUAA